GGCAGGUCACGUGACCCACAGAGACGUUUAUUUUUUCCCAUCACAAUGGCGCCAAGCCGUAUAUGUACAAUUAUUUAUGAUUUGAGUCUCUUCGUCGGUGGUUUUAUCGUUAUGGAGCCCUAUUUUAGGAAUUAAUGAUGUGCCGCGCGCGGCGUCCCGUAUGAAAGGUGUGAAUAAGAAUCCCCUAUAGUGGACUGGAGGAAAUAAUGACAAGGUGAAGAUGUCAUUGCGCAUUAAGAGACAGCUGAGCAAAGCUGGGGGCUCGGCGGAGGGGGGAGGGGGUGCCCCAUCAGCUGCUGCUCGUAAGAAGCGCCGUAUCGACAAUUCCGGCUCUGAUGAUGAAGAGCGAUCAGUUUGGACGCCCAAACACCUGGGUGACCUGCGGGCAUACAACCGUUCAGCCUCUGAGGCACCGGCUGAGUUGUUCCGCAAGGAUCUUAUAUCUGCCAUGAAACUUGCGGACAAUGAGCCGCUUACAUCCGAUGAUUACUGGGGCAUUGGUGACCCAUGGAAACAGGAGUGGGAGCGAGGAGUACAAGUCCCGGUUAACCCUGAUUCUCUUCCUGAGCCAACUGUCACCAAGAUGAUAGACAAACCACAUCGUGAUCGUGAGACGAACUUCAGACUCACCAAAGAGAAGUUCAUCCGUGUAACUCAUGAUGACUUCUUCACAAACGAGCAGCACAUUCUCAGUAACCUGCCGACUAAGGCUGAGAAGAUGUGCCGUUACGACAUGGACGACCUCGAUGACAAGUGGCUCCAUGCUUACAAUGGAGAAAGAGCCAGGAUGGGUGCUGCACCUGUUCCCCCUCUAAUCUUUGAGAUGAUCAUUGAACAUCUUGAAGAAACUUGUUGGGAGAACAUUCACAAGAUGCUGAAGACUGAGGAGUCCCUUUCCAUUGAGUUCGACGAAGAUGUCAUUUGCGAUGUCUGUAGAUCGCCGGACAGUGAAGAGGGCAACGAAAUGGUAUUCUGCGACAUGUGCAACAUAUGCGUCCACCAAGCCUGUUAUGGCAUCACAGCCAUUCCUUCAGGAUCUUGGCUUUGCAGGACUUGCUCGCUAGGAAUUAAGCCUGACUGUGUUCUAUGUCCUAACAAAGGAGGUGCCAUGAAGUCAACGAAAUCUGGGCAGAAGUGGGCUCAUGUUGCAUGUGCAUUAUGGAUUCCAGAAGUUUCCAUAGGCUCUGUAGAGAGAAUGGAACCAAUCACAAAAAUCCCAAAUAUACCACAAAGUCGAUGGGCCCUUGUUUGUGUGUUGUGCCGAGAACGUCGUGGUGCUUGUAUUCAAUGCUCAGUGAAGACCUGUAAGACUGCUUACCAUGUCACUUGUGCCUUCAAACAUGGUCUAGAGAUGAAGGCCAUUAUAGAGGAUGAGAGUGCAGACGAUGGCGUUAAACUCAGGUCGUAUUGUGAGAAGCAUAGUGUGGCAAGUAAAAAGGUUGGAAGUGAAGUAGAAAGUGAAGAAGGAGAUGAUGGCACUCCCAAGAAGAAAAAAGAUUGGACAUCAGAACAAAAGAAUCAGGCAAGAGCGGCCAAACUUCGUCAAAUUGAGUCUGAGUUCUACAAGCACGUAGACUUCCUGGAGACCUCCAACUAUCUUGACAUUGAUUUGGAGACCACAGAAACCAUCUAUAAUUACUGGAAGCUCAAAAGAAGGUCUGGUUUUAACAAGCCACUUCUAACACCACGCAGUGAAGAAAUUGACCUUCUCUCACAACAGCAGGAACAUGAUAUAGAGCGUAUGAAAAUGUUUGUGCAGCUGCGUCAGUAUUUGGAAAGGGUUCGCAACUUGUGUUACAUGGUCAAUCGGCGAGAGAGGCUCUCAAGGUCUUUCAUGAAAAUCCGAGAGCAGACCUUUGCCAAGCAGGUUGCAAUUAUCAAUAGUAACAACAUAAGUCUAUCAUCUCAAGAGUUGAAUGCUGUGUUACAAGCCAAUCACGGUCCCUCUGUUUAUGAUCGGUUGUAUUCUCACUCUGGUGCUCCUGUGCAUACUGAAAAAGAAUUUGAGAAGAUUAUUGCAUGCAUAGCAGGUACACUGACAGAAAAGACCAAAAAGAAAAACAAGAAGGUGCACCGGAAAAAGGAUGUCAAUGGACUCAUUCGACCUCCAAAAGACAAAUCAGACAAUCCAUACAGAAAGAUGUACGUCAAUGGGGCUGAGCAACGUCGGUCUCGUUCUAGUUCUAUGCAUAGCACGAGUGAUUCUGAAUCUUCUCUUGCCUCUGCAAAGUGGACUCUCCCUCUUAAAAGUAAAGAUCGGUAUUCAGUUUACACUAGCAGUGAAGAAGAAACCAACAAAGAGAAUCAUUCAAUCAAGGUUGAACCUUCUUCCAAAAUCAAAAAUCUACUCCUUGACCCCAGUGACAAGGAUAAGGUGAAGGUUGAGGUACAAAGUAGACCUACCAGAGGGAGGGUAGGCCGGAGAAGAGGUAGUGGUCGUGCUAGUGCUAUCAAAAGUCGACCAUUUCGGGAUCGUGUUCCUGCUUCCAGUGAUGAUGAUAAGGACAUUAAAAACUUUGAUGCUCUCAUACCUGAGAAAUCCAUUAAAACGGAAGUGAAUGCAUCAUCCUCAAAGACAGUACGAGAACGUCCCAGUGUUGAGACUUCAGAGGAUGAGGGAGAGACAGCUGUUAAACCAAAACCCCAACCUACUAAAAGAAGAAAUAAGAAAAAGGUUACUCCCUCUAAGCUUGAUUCUAGUGUAAGUAGUGAAGAUGAAUCUAGUGUUACUCCUGUUAAAGAAAAGAAAUUAGUUCGUAAAGGAAAGUGGCAUAAAAGUGUUGCGGGUGUUCAUCCUGCUAAUGUAAACUCACCAGUGUCUGAGCCACCAAAACUAGAACUCAGUGACGACGAUGAGUUAUUGCCUCCCACUUACAAACUUUCAAGUGAUGAAGAUAACAGUGAAAAGAGUCAUGACCAAGCUGCUGUAAGCAGUGAAGUUCAAGGGGCAAGUGACCACACAGACAUUAGCUCAGAUGAUGGUCAUAGUACGGCUUUAAGUAAAGGACCAAAGAAACUUGAAAAGAAGAGUGAUAGUGAUGUGAAUAGUGAAGAUGAUGAAAACAAAGAAAGUACCACAGAUUCUCAGAGUCAUGCAAAACUGAAGACAAAGGCAGCUAAAAAAGAAUUCACUCCAAAGAUUGAGGCUAAGGCAGAGAGAAUGAACAAAAAGAAAACUGAUAAGGUAAGUAAAGUUGGGAAAAAGUCAGGGGUCUUGGAACGAUCGAAAAGUGAGACCAAGCAGUCAGAGGACAUUGAUCAUGAGUCACCUAGUAUUAAAAAUGAUCCUGAUCCGGCUACUACUGGACACUUGUUUGUGCCUCAGAGGAAGGCAGCCAAGAAGGCAUCGGAACUCAUCACUAGUCAGAAUACAACGAGUACGUCAGCAACUGCUGCUGCAACCAUGCCUGUGCCUGCUCCUGCAGAAAUCACUACGGUAGAAGUCAAGAAAGCUACAAAACAGCUUAAAGAAGUGAAGGAUGAGGAGGAUGAUGCUGACCAUGUGGAGGAGAAGAAAGUGCCAGAGGAGAAGAAAUCUACUCCUACCAAAGGAAGAAGAGGAAAGAACAAGGAAAAGAAUGAUAAGGAAGCAGACAAAGUUGAUGCUCAAGAUACACCUAAAAAGAGUCUGUUUGAACAACCAGAAAUCUUACCCUACGUGCCGAUGCGUCAGGCUGCCAGAAAAGCUGCUGAGAAUAUUAAAGAUGGCACCCGGAAGGUCAGUACAACAACAUCUGUUCCAGAAGAAGUUGAACCAGCUCCAGCACCUGUUGUUUCACCCACAAAGGCUAAGAGAAUCUCACGUAUUGAAGCAAAACCAACAGCAAGAUCAAAAUCUAAGUCACCGCGCUCAGGUAAGGCUCCCUCUUCCACAACUGUUACUGACUCUGAAUCAGAGAGUGAAGCAGAGACUUCGUCUGUUGUACGGAAAGGCUCUAAAGAUUCUAAGGAGCCUAACCAGAAGCAGUCAAAAUCCAUAUUUUCUGAUAGUGAUGAUGAAUCUAGUGUAAAAAGAAUUGUUGCUAAGGAUAAGCCUUCUGCUCUGGUUGAGCCACUGAGAGAAGUUAAGACAAGCACAGGAAGGCAGUUUUUUCGUGGCGAUGUCUUUGUCAAAGAAUACCAAAGCUCCUCCGAUGAAGCAGAAUCUAUUUACCCAACAACUCCAGGCAAAAAGACCCUACCCUCCCCAACUCAUGGACAUACUGAUGAAAAAGUUCAAGAGUCUUCGUCCAAAAAUCAGUCCUUUCGAGGCCCCUCCAACGUCUCAGGUGACUUGCACCUCACAUCAGACAGUGACGAACGAGAAACUGAAAACCAGAAACCGGCUGCUGGAACCCUCAGGAAGGCCCCUGACAAGAAGCUUAAAACUUCCGAAGGGCGGCCUGAACACGGGUUUCAGCCGCCGAUUACUGAAAGAAGUGAAUCCGGAGUGCCCAAGGAGGCAGAAGACCCAGUUUCCAAGUCUCCAAUCAGAAGAGAGAGUGGAUUGGAGCCUAGAUUACGUCAAAGUGGGGCUCAGUGCAGACAGAGAACUCCUUCUGGUGAUAUCCCCUUGCAAGACUACACAAGUAACAUUAAUGCAUCAUCAUCCAGAGGAGGACGAAGAAGAGGAAGAGAGAGAGAACCGCUUUCACACUCCCAAAACCUUAGUGGCAGUCUCGCCAAACUCCCCCCCAGAAGAACGGUACAGCUUGAGGAGGAGCAAGUCAAACCCAGUAAAAAGGCCCCUGAGGGAGGCAGCCAAGUCAAGCCGACCCCAACCAGAGGAUUUGCCGCCACCUCCGAAAAAAAGGAAGCAGUAAAAGAGGAUGUAAGAGAUACGAGGGAAAAGGAGAAGAAGGAUACGUCUAGGGAAGAGGAUGCUUUGAGUGUUAAAGAACCAGAAAAAGAAAAGGAUUCUAGAGAUAAAGUGCUUUCCUCGAAGGAUUUAAGCCUGUUGGGAGAGGUAAAAGAUACAUCUAAGGAUAUCAGUUUUGAGAAAGAGAAAGCUAUAACUAGAGAAAAGGUUUUGUCUCCAAGGGAUAAAGUGGUCCUACAUAGGGAUAAAGUUGUUCCAGCAAAAGAGAAAUGCAUUGUAUUGAAAGAUAAACUUCCAUUUGCAAAAGAACAAGUUCUGUCUAUGAAAGAGAGGGAAGAGAUUUCAAGAGUGAAGGAUAUUCACAUUGAAAAGGAAGUUGCCAAUAAGGAAAAACAAGGAACACUGGAUAAAGAUUCUUUGUUUGAGAAAAGGGAACUCAGAGGAAAAGAUACCUGUGAUCGGUUAAAACCGCCCUUAGAAGAAACAUUGGAGUCAUCCAGAGAAAGCAUAAAACCUCAGCAAGACAAAGAGCCACCGUUAGAGGAUAACAAGGGGAGAACCUGUAAAGAACCGAGUAGUAGAGAAUCUGUGCAGCAUAAUGUGGAAAAAGACCUUUUCAGAACUAUGCCAGUGAGACUUUCGGAAAGAGAGCCACCUCCGAAAGAGACCCAUGAACAGUUAGGUAUUAGUAAUAAAGUUGAUGAACAGAAAAAGUCAGGUGUGUUUGGAUAUGUGGAUGAAGAUUUGAAGGUUGAAAGAUUGGAAGAUAUCAUAGAAACAUCAGAUACUGAGCCAGAGCCUAAGAAAGUUCGUAUUGACAGUGAUGAUGAGCCUGUUACCAUUUUAAAUGAAAAACGAGUAGAGCAACCCAAGGACAGUGGGUAUAAGAGUGCAAUAACUACACCUGAACCUGUAGAUAGACUUCAUCCUGUGUGUAAUGAUGUGGGCAGUGUAAAUAGUGUUGUAAAUAGUAUUAAUAUUGAAGAGUCUCGUUUGGAGACUGACAUUAAUAAGUCACUUACAGUGUUACCUUGUCCCGUGGAAGAAGAAAAACAAACCUUGAACAAAUUUAUAUCCCCUGCAAGAAGAAAGAACUUGGAGGAUGUUAUAGGAGAAAUGAAGAAGCAGGCAGAAGCACAGCCAGAACCCAGCACCACCAAACCUCUUGAGGAGAGAGCAAGUGAGGUACUACCAGUGUCACCAGCUCCUCCUCCACCCCCACCUGUUUCGGCUCCGGCUCCUGCUCCUGCUCCUGCUCCUACGCCUGCUCCAGGUAAUCAAGCCAGCUCAACCAGCUAUCCUGUUCCCCCACCUGAAUCUUUAGUUCCUUCUUCUCAAACAUCCAUGGAAACCAUUCCUCCAAAAAGUGUGGCUUCACCUGCUGCAAGCUUUAGAGAACAGUGGAGAACCCAGUGGGGCAAGAGUCCUCCACCACCAGAUCACAAAGGUGAUCCAAGUAGUGGAACCCACUUGCCAAUGUCAGGUCUUGUAAAUCCAAUGCUGGAUUUGCACCAGCGUCCCCUUUAUCCAGAUGCCCAGCACCAGCUUUAUAAUACUGCUUUCUUAGAAACUCACCCUUUGUUAUCUUCUGGGAUUGCCCAUCAUCAGUUAUCACAGUUGAGACAGAUGAUGGAAGCUGCAUCCAAUAUAAGCCAGUUUUACCCCUUGUAUUUACAGCAACGCAGUGCGCCUCCAGAUUUAGCUGCACUCAGCCAGCAACAGUUUGUUCCUCCCAUAGAGAACCAAAUUUCAGAGAAAGGAAACAUGAGCUCAGCUCAGGGACUCUCCAGGUUACCGCCUCUGGAUGACAGACCACCUACCCCAGACCUUCAGUUAACCAGCAGUAAGACAAGCAAUAGACAGGCAACACCUGCAGCCAAAACGACCAAGCCAUUAUCUUCUCCUAGUUUGCCGAAUACUUUAGCAGUUCCACCACCUUUGUCCUCUCCUGUUGCUUCUAGCAACAAAGUCACUUCUGGUAUUGGUUCUCCCCAAAGCAGUAGUAGAGCUCAGGUAACGGCGUCUACAGUAAGUAGGGAGGAGCCACCACCUCCCUUGCCUCCUGUAUCACCAGUAUUAACACAGAAAGUUCCACCUCCACAGCCAUCACCCUCAAGUAUACUUCGUAAGAAUGAUAAUGUAACAGCCACCUCUCAGCCUUCUGCCACCAGUGUAACACCACCAGAGGUUUCUCCUUCUGGGCAUUCAGUAUUAAUGUCUUCUGCAAGCAGAUCAGUAGUUAAACCCCCUCAGAUUUCACCCAAGUCCAACAAAACUCAGGUGCCUGAAUGUGUCAAUUCAAGCGACGAUGAUAUAAUUGAAGUAAGUGAAGUUGCUAGUAAAGCUCCGAGACCAGUAAUAACAACGGCUAGCUCCAUAGUAACAACAAAAAUGAAUAUUGUACCGCCUAUUUCAAAUUCUGUUGUAUCAGUAGCUAAAACAAUCACCCAGACUACUGUGACAUCUGUGAACAAAUCUCCCUUGCCAGCUGUGACGAGUCCCAUUCAAGUCGACUCUCCACUGCGUUCUGCCACGGAAGUACCUGAUUCAAAAAUAGAAACAAUUACAGUAGAUGAUAGUGUCAUUCAUCAGAAAGAAGAACCAGUGCAGAAGAGAGUGCCAAUAUAUAUGCAGGAUCCAAAACAGAGAAUUCCAGAAAAGAAGUCUCCCAGAUCUCAAGGAACCUCACCAAGGUGGGUUAAAGAAGGCACAAAAGGAAGAGAUAAGAAGUCUGCGAAGGUUGGCAGGGGGUCAUAUAGUAAAGGUCGUGGUAGGAGUGCUGGUAGGGGAAAAGGUAGAGGUCAGAGCCCAAGAUUCAAUAAUGUAUCAGUGCCUAAAGAACUUGUUGGAACAGUCUAUGAUUUUGAUUUUGACAAUGAGUUUGAUGAUGAUGGUCCUGCUAACAACACCUUGGAUGAUCUUAGGAAGUCAAGGGAGAAGAGACAAUCAGUAGAUACUACACCUCAACAAACCUCUUCAACCCCUACAUACAUUAUGGAGCAGCACAAGGAACCCUCCAAGAAGCCAGGUAAGAAGUCAAAGUCUCAUAAAGAAAAAGGAAGUUCAAGAUCUAGUGAUGAAGUUGCCAAAAUGCUGGCUGAUUAUAAGAACAAACAAAAUUCUCAGCUACGACUUAGUGUACAUUCUCCCAGUCCACCACAAGAAGUCAGUGUUUUAAAAGGUGCGUCUAAAACCCCAGAUCAGAAUCAGGAUAUUCCACAGUACAGUUCCGAAUUUAUUACCAAGAUCUCUGAUGCUAAGCUAAUUAUAUCAGAAAGUGAGGCCAGAGAUCAUAAUCAGUCUUCAGAAUUAUCAGCUAAAAGUAAUGGAGAUCAUGGUAAGGGAUCUCUGGCAGUACCAACUGCACAGAUAAUAGAUGAGAAAACAAAUCAGUUGAAGCUAAAAAUCAAGGGACCCUAUGCAAACUCAUAUUCAACGAGUAACACUUCAGCUCCAGCCCAGGAAGUUGUAGGUGCACCACCUACAUCUACAACUUCUAUCUUCAGACAGAUACGUAUGAGAAAGAAAGAGCUCAUUCGCCAGUAUUGCUAUCAAGAUCAGAGACCUAAUGAACUGAUGGAAUCUGGUCCAGUUAAUAGCAAUCCUAAUCCACCUCCACACGUCCGAACUGGUAUCACUAUCCCCAAGGCUGUGGCUUCCAUGACUUCUAUACCAACAAGAGAAGAUUAUAAAAUGUACACUCAAGGAGAGACAACUAGUGGUGGAAGCAGUGGCAGAAGAAAGAGACAACCACGGGAAUCUUUACAGUGGGAGUUAAUGGUCAUGGAUGAAUCUGGUAAACGUAACUCUGAUGCAUCAGAAGGACUGGAUGCUGUGCGCAAAAGACCUAGAAGUGCCAAGGAUUCCAAGAUUCCAGAAGAGAAGGACAUAUGUAGUGCCAAGCCCCCGCCUAAGUUGCGUAUUAGUUUGGGUAAAAAGACCAGUGAACUUACAACAGUUACAGACACCAAAGAAAUGGGUGGUAAACAACGGCCUCCCAAAAAGCGACUUUCUGAAGAAAACACUUUGGUAAAAAUCAAGAAUGACUGCAUGAAGUUUCGGGAACAAAUCAUGGCAGACUUUGACAAGGGAGGGAAGAAGAGUGGGGUUAAGGGUACAGACAGAGAGAAAAAGGCCAAGAAACGUAGGGUUUAUUUAGGGGAAAGCAGUCAUGGAUCCAGUGUGGAUAGUAAAGACGGAAGUGGUAAUGAUAAACGUGAUAUUAAGGUGAUUCCAGGGGACAGUUCUAGUGCUCCAAAAUUAGUCAUUAAAUUUGGUAAGGGGAAAAGUGAAAGUUCAAAUAGUGAUAAUAUUAAAACUGAACCUAGUUUAGUCACUGCUAUUUCUGAGGAAAAAUCCGAUCCAGAUUCUAUUCCUCAAAUAAAGAUUCGACUAUCUUUACCGAAACCAGAUUCAGACUCUAGUAAAGAUGAAUCGUGCGUCCCCAAGCAGCCACUCAAGUUAAAACUCUCUAGGCGAUCUGAUGGCUACGUAGCGUCCAAUACUCAGAGAAGAGAACAGCCGGAUGUACAAGAUCAUGGGCCGGGCCCUCCUGCACCCAAGCCGCCUGAUCUACCCUCUGAAACCUUACAUGAUAAAAAAAUACCUAACUCUGCAGCACCGCCACCGCCCUCUUCUCCGUUGAGAAAUCAUCCUGAAGAAAAUGCGAAUAAUCUCAGAGAUUCCCAGUUGUCACAACCUGGAAUCCCAGCUGUACCUGUUAGUCACCCAUACAACGCAUCACCUGGGCUCCCUGGCUCGGUAAGUGCACCAGAUCCUUUCAGUAUCAGUCAGUUAAACGAAGGUAUUGGAAGGCUAGGAUCCUUGCCCAGACCGGAACAGCCAGAGGAAAUGCUACAAAAAUUAGAGGCUCAAAUUGCAACAACAAGAGGGAGUGUCUCGGAAAAUGAAGGUCCGGCAAGUAGUUUGGGACCCAGACCAAUGUCAGGACCACCAUUGCCAGAUGUCCCAUCAUUACAUCACAGUUUAUAUCCAUAUAAGGAAGGCUCUGACUGCAGAUGAUAAUUGCUUUUUUUUCGUAGUACAGUAAUAAAUUAAUAUUUACAAUAAUGUAACAAACUACCAUAAUAUGUACAAAUGUAGAUACUGUUGGUGUUGCUCACUUGAUGCACGAGAUUAGUUUAAGCAAGGAUUAAAUCACUUGCAUCUCAUUAAGGCCAAUUUAAGGUCUCUCCAUUUUGUUCCCCUUUAAUUGCUGUAAUCAGCUCUGCACUGUCAUUUGUUAGGGAAAAAUACUCGCCUCCCCCUGGUCUCAUGGGUCUCAAUUCACUGUUGGCAAUGUUUGUUAAUUUGUGAUGUCAGGUGAUUCAGACUGGCCACCACAAGUCCCUCUCUUCUUCUUCCCAGUUCCAAAUGUUAUGAUAGUUGUUCUUACUUUCUUGUUCCUCCCAGUCAUGGUGUGUGGUUUUUCUAAAUCAUCUGCUCCACCUUCAGCAAUUGUGCUGAUUAUAUGUUGGCUUCGUUAGCCAAAGUGUCAAUAGUGUUUUUACUGUUUUAUUGUCUUAGGAGUGUGAGGGUGGGGGUUGUUGAAUGUCAUGUUGAGGGGACAUGAUCUCUCUAAAACCUUGUUUGUGGUAGGGAGGUUAUAUUGGUUCCCCAGACCCUGUGACCUAGGGAGGAAUUGUGUUCCCAUAUUUUUUGAUAUAUUUUUUACCAUUGUAAAUAGAAAGGAAUGUACAAAUUAAUGUAUUUGCUUUUUUGUAAUUUUAUUACUUUUGUACAGUUUUUAUUUCUGAUUAUUCAUCAGACAUAACUUAUGUUUUAUCGGAAGUCAAAUUAUUUAUUUUUAACUUGUAUAAGUGUCACAAAUUUUCCAUGCCAUCUUUAUUGAUUAAAUUUCAUUAGCUUUUUUUUUUACAUUUUGUUAGGAAAUGUUUUCUGUGGUGUAUAUUAAUUUUUUAUGUAAUAGCAAAAGAUUGUAAUAUAUUUCAGGCUCCUGCGACAGAGAAUUAGUCUUGUAAAUCUUAGUGUCAUGUGAUAUAAUUAAUAUUAUUGAAAUAUAAAUUUUUUAUGUUAUA